UUGUGAUGUCAAACGGAGUGGAUUCGUUUCCUCGCAGUAGCAUCUGCUAAAGGAAGAUCAGAAAGAAAAGCAAAAAGAACAACAACAAGAAAUAAGUGACUAACCUAAAAUAUUAAGACGAUUUAAUAUUAUACUAGGCUAGUAGACGAGGAAUUGCAAACUAUUUGUUAGGCAAAAUUCGAUACGGGUAAACUCCUGUGAAAUUCACUGGCCGCAACGCUUUAAUCGUCUGAAAUUAAUAAUGGACACUGAUGACGAAUUCUGCUUGAAAUGGAACAAUCAUCAUAGUACUUUCUUGUCUGUACUUCAUAGUCUGUUGAAGAAAGAAAUUUUGGUUGAUGUAACUUUGGCUGCUGAAGGCCAUUUCAUUGAAGCACAUAAACUAGUUCUUAGUACUUGUUCUGAGUACUUUCAGGAUGCCUUACAACUUCAUGAUAACAAGCAUGCCUACAUAUUCUUGAACAACGUUGUGUUUGAUGAUCUUAAAGCAUUGGUCGAUUACAUGUAUAGAGGUGAAGUAAAUGUGUCUCAGGAACAGCUUCCUCGAUUUCUUGCUACUGCCGAAGCUCUAAAAAUAAAAGGAUUAUCAGAUAAGACUGAGUCCCUUGUAGAGAAUCUGGAGCAACAUUCACCUGUUCAGGCAAAAACAAAAAGGAUUCAUGGGAAAAGUGGUAAAAUUGCCAGUCGCCAAAUGGCUGCGUCCUCAUCUGUUUCCAGGCAAACACAUUUGUCGUCGCACCAAAAAUCUAGUCAUUCGAUUACAUCACAACCACAAUCCGGUCGAUCUCCAAGAAAUUUACGAGCUUCGUCUGAUUUAAUUUCCGAGGCUGAAGUGACUCCGGAGGUGAACUUCGUCUCCGUCAAUGCCCAUGGUGAAGAAAUUGAUCUUGAACAGAACGAAGAAGAUGGACUGGGAACUCUGGGCAAAGUUUGGUCGAUGAAUCAGGGAAAUAAUGAAGAUAACUGGGAAAAUAAUACGGGUACCUUAGAUGAUGGUACACACGAAGAAAGAAAACGGUAUACCACACCGUCAGAAUCCGACAACUGCGAAUAUAGCCAGUAUGCUGAGCCUUUGGACGUAAAUUCUUCUCUCACUGGAGAUUUACCGCUUGUGCCCUCAUCAUCAGCUCAUGGCAAUUGGGCCUCGUCUUCGGCCGUUAGGACAAACUACUCCCGUGGCAUCAGAGGGAAAUCAAGCAAAAAUAACAGCGCUGCUGUAGAAGACAGUUGGCCAAUAUCCGUAGCGAAAAACAAACAGUUGGGCAAAUCCAGGCGUUUCGCGCCAACCGCUUUCCCUACAAGCAAUGCCAGCGGUACAGACGAAUGUAUAACAUGUCCGAACUGCGGGCGUGGCUACUCGCAAAAAGGCUCGCUCAACAGGCAUAUCAAGUUUGAAUGUGGAAUAAUCCCCAAGUUUCCUUGUCAACUUUGCCCGAUGCGCUUCCGUCGUGCUUACAAACUUACCGAGCAUCACAAUCGCGUCCACGUCAAUGAAGCUGCGAAAUCGAAAGCGUCGGAGAAUUCGACCGUUUAACACCGUGACUUACAUAAGGUUGGCAUUAACAAAAUUUAAAUCUCUAUCAUUUAACAAUAAGAUUAAUUUAUUUUGGGGUGCAUUGAAGACUGUGUGAAGUGAUUGACCCUACCAAUGUUAAGUUAAUCCCGGUAAUUUCUUUUUUAACACUUUUAUCAUUCAUAAACUAUCGUAUUUGUUUUACUAUGACUAUAUCCCUCCCCAUUCGCUCUUCUCGUAAUUCCUUGUCGUUCACUUUCCCGACGAAAUUUAAGCAAACAACGUUGUUGGGCUUUGUUUGAAUUCAAAGGAGUGGUUUGCUAUCGGCUCAUUCGCCAGAUUUAAUCUAACAUGCCCCCGACGUAUUGUACGGAACGAUAAGCAACUCGUCCGGAAUAAAGCUUAUUGUGUAAGUAAGUUUGACUGUUUGAUUUACGUGAAACGAACAUGAGGGAAACGAGAUGUUGAGCAACGUAUUACCUUAGACUAGAAGAAUGAACGUUUGCAUGUGUACCAUGUAACCCUCCCGUUUCAUUGAAGGCAGGAUAUGAACUUUAUUUACCUCAAUUUGCAUACGAUAUAUUUGUGUGUACCUUAACGUGCUCUUGUACUCCCGAUUCAUAGCAAAAGAAUUCAAUGGCCCUCUGGUGAAUGCGAAAAGGAAUAUCGAUAUGUUUUUCUUGUUUGGCGUCGGUCUUCUAAUUAGAUG